CCCGGUGCCCUCUUCUCAGUGCUAUUAAAAAUCUCCUGAACUCCUUACCUGACUAAAUCUCGAAAGCUUGGAGGAGAACCAGAAGCUUCAGAUUUCGAUCGUGGAGAAGGUCUCGCGAUCGGAGAGGGAAUAGUUGCCUGUAUCCCUUCCAAUAACUCCUUCUGUUCGGCCACAUGGGCGCUAUUCCACACAGUCGUUACAGGGGCGUUCCUGCGCACAUCAACCUGUCGAUCUUGA